AUGCAGUCCAUAUUCUGGACAGGCAGAGUGUUAUCACGUGCUCUUAGGAAUGGACUCUCGAGUUUAACAAAUGCUUCUGAAUUAAACGUUUCGAACAAGAAACAUCCUUAUUUAGUUUCGGUAGUUUGUGGUUUUCCUAAAGAUAUUGCUAAUGGAAGAACACUCAAAGGUCAAUUCGGAGAUGAUGCAUGGUUCUCAACUCAUUUUAACAAUGCUGAUGUCAUUGGAGUUGCAGACGGUGUUGGAGGCUGGCGUGCCUACGGAAUUGAUCCUGGAGAGUUCUCUUCAUAUCUUAUGAGAACAUGUGAGAGGCUAGUACGAAUGGGCCACUUUAAACUAUCCGAACCUGGAGACCUGUUAGCUAAAUCUUAUUAUGAAUUAUUGGAACACAAGAAACCAAUAUUAGGAAGUAGUACAGCAUGUGUGAUGAUAUUAGACCGUAAUGAAAGUAUUAUGCGUGCCGCAAACAUUGGUGAUAGUGGUUAUAUGGUAGUGAGAGGGGGACGAGUCGUACAUCGCUCUCAUGAACAACAACACUAUUUCAAUACUCCAUACCAGCUCAGCUUACCACCACCCGGACAUGACAGGAAUGUUCUCAGUGACAGACCGGAAUCGGCGGAGACUGCAGAGUUCCGUGUCGAGUGCGGAGACGUGAUCCUAGUAGCGACCGACGGCGUGUUCGACAAUGUGCCGGAGCCAGUGCUGGUAGCGGAGAUGAGACGCGCGCAAGGCCUAGAGGGCGACGCGCAACGGUUACAGGCAGUCGCUAACUCUAUUGCGUGGAUGGCGCGAAAUCUAUCUUUCGACGGCUGCUAUAUGUCACCAUUCGCCAAAAGUGCGCGCCAAAACGGCAUUGACGCUAUAGGAGGUAAACCUGACGACAUAACGGUACUACUCGCAAUUGUAGCACUAUGA